GGGGACACGCCCGCGGCCUGUGCGGUCUUGCUUUGCGCUUCCACAGUGGCCCGGAUUUUGAGCAUGCGCCCAAGUGAUUUUGAAAUCGCCACCCUCAACUUUACUUUUCUUUCUUUCCCUCUGCGCUAAAGCUAAUUGACAAUGGGAAGAUUUGCAGCUUGUAUCCUUGUUCUUUACGCCUUUACUGGCUUCACGGGAACGUCCGACGGGAGAAGCUGCCCAAGGCCCGCCGGCCCCUGCUCAGCAGCGAACUACAUCCCGAUUAAAGACCCGCAUAGAAGCACAAAAUACAGAUACAAAAGACCGCAGCCCGCCUUGUGCGACUACCUCCUUCAGCUCGGAUGGUAUCGGUUCACUAGCAGUGUCGGCGGCGAGAUCCCGACCACUAAACCCGAGCCGAACAUGUGUGGAACCUUCGCGCCGAUAUGGAUGAGGGGGACCCACCCAGACACGAUUGGGGUAACCAAGGAAACUACCGCGUGCGUUAACGUCAAUAACAGGAACAACGGCUGCUUCCGUUCUAUUGACAUGUGCGUGGAGAUGUGCAGCGGAGGCUACUAUGUCUACUAUCUUCGACCUCCUUAUGGGUGCUCAAUGGCGUACUGCGCAGGCGAUGGAAUACCCUGCGACGAAGGCUUCAGUGGACCAAAUUGCACGGCUGAAGUGAAAGCCGUUUUCCCGAGUUCUCUGGUCCCCAAGCCAAAGGUGGAGCCCUUGACUACCGGCGACAGGGACCUAUUCAUGGUGUGCAACUUCACCUUUCCUCUGUGGAGUAACGUCUCCUUCAACAUCGAGUGGUACGAUGGUCCAACACUGAGUAGUAAUAUGACGUCUUGCAGGAACAAAGGAGAAAAUUGUGUUUAUGACCCCCUGCAAAGUCGGAUCAGGCCUAAACUAGGGAGCACGACUUCCUGUCGGCUAAGGAUGAAGUAUAACACGCAUUUGGGUAACAAAUGGACCAGACAGAAGUACAGUGAUCCCUAUUAUAUUGGGAUAGAGGUUCAUCCAAGACACAUUUUGACGAAAGAGUGCGACAAGCCAUUUGACAUCACCCUCAGGACCACAGUACCGAUACACAUCUUGCCCCACCCUCUCCUCCCAAUCAAGAUAUUCGCUACGCUGCUCACAACUAACAAUGUGGGCAUUUUUGAUAACUGCCAAGUCGCGUUCUCACACGGUGAUGACGUAGGGACCACUUACAAUGUCCGAGUACGAAGUGUCUGUGAUACGCUGAUAGACGGGCAGUCCCGUGUGGUGCAUAUUUUAUUCAAAGGUCCUUCUGACUCACUUCCUAGUUUGAUUUGGGAUGACUAUAUCUUGCCGCGUGUACGGGUCACAGUAAAACAGACAGAGAAUCGUGAAUGUCGAACUUAUAACGACCCUCACUUUAGUACAUUUGACGGAAAGUAUCACCCUUUUUUACCCCACGGUGACUACGUGUUGUUCCAAGAUAAUGACCACCACACCGAGGUGCACACGCGCCUUUGGACGUGCUGGGAUAGUAGCGCCUCCUGUAACUGCGGAGUAGCAAUACGGGAGAGAAAUGACGUGAUGAUUUUGUCAAUCUGCAACUCCCAAUUGCAACACCAAGCCAAUACUCCCAUGCCAAUGACCUUCCGUGUACCAAGCGGACAUCUACCAAACGGAACACACAUUUACAGGCAGAUCUCUGGCAGCCGAGUAACGCAUACUGUACUUCUCCCUUCUGGCACGAAGGUCGAGGUCAUAAGGUUGGACUGGUGAAUGAAUAUCAAAGUGAAUGCUUUCAAGAACUCAAACAGCAUUCGCGGACUCUGUGGCAACAUGAAUGGUGACUCAAACGACGAGUUUCAACACGGAGGCGAUGGCCAUUCACAUGCGGAUGCGACAAGAUUUGGACUAAGUUGGAGGUCGUGUUACAGAUCUCAGAGAUAUAGAUGCUUGUGAACUUUCCUAUAGUAUUUGUACCAAGAGACCAUGGUGUACUCAACUUAUUUUGCGCUCAAAGUUUUUAGUUUUACCUGGGCCAUUUUGGUAAUAUAAUAUUCUGUCAAUAAGUCAGGCGGAUGAUCAAAAGCACCAAAAUGAUUCAGAUGGGAUUCUCAAGCUGGCUUGCAUCUUUUUUUAAAUGACUGAUUGUUGAGUGGCUUACGGAAAACUCAUGAAACAUUUUUUUCUCGGAAACACUGCUAUUUACGCACUCCCGAAAAAAGUUUAUCAGGUUUUUUCAAUGUUCUAGCUCCAAACCUUUUUGCUCCAAAAGAUAAAGUAUCACUUGGAAGUCCAUCAAAUGGUCUGUUAGCGGGCACAUCUAUUUGUGUGUGUGUCGAAUAUUGUAUGUGAUUGUAGUGAUCUAUUUGUGUGUGUGUGUGCGUGUGUGUGUGUGUGUGUGUGUGUGUGUGUGUGUGUGUGUGUGUGUGUGUGUGUGUGUGUGUGUGUGUGUGUGUGUGCGUGCGCCGAACCGUGUUUAGGAGGACCGGUAUUUGGAUAAACACCAACGUUCAGAGGACCACCGUAUUUACGAGGACCGACCUCCGGUCCUCGUAACGCUUUUUGUCUAGAACACCGUAAAACGUCGUGCAAUGAUAUCCUAGAGGCUUUUUAAAGUGGUCCUCGUAAACCACCCUGGGCAUGAUUUGUAAGUGUGCAUGAUUUUGGUCCUUCUAAACCACCUUCCGUUAGCUUUUUACUUUUUAUUGCUUUUUUCAGCCAUACUCUAGGAAUCUUAGGUUUUGAGGCUAUCUCACAUAUUAUCAAGGAAUAACAAUUACAAAAAAGUUGUUUCUUCUAGUUUACACUCUUCUUUUUUUUUAGCCCCACACACACUUUUUUCAGUGGUCUUCCUAAUGUCGGUGAAAAAACAUGUCGUAGCAACGUCGGUGAAAAAACUUGUUAUAUUUUAAUCAAAUGCAAGUAGGGAAUUAAAUGACACUAUAUAGUUGUUUUGUUCGUUUAUUAGAAUUGCAACAAAUAAAUCAAUUCUAUCACA